AUGUUGUCCCCUUCUCCACCAGAGACACUUGUAAAAAAUGCAUGUCCACACCUGGAGAAAAGCCCCAAAGUGAGCGUGACUUCCGUCUGCUACCCGUACGUCGGCUGUUUCGACGACCGCCCGCCCUUCAACAACGCCGCGGGGAAGCUGCCCAAGUCUCCGACACAGCUUCACGGAGAUUUCAACGUGAUCACCGUCGACUGGGGUGAGGGAGCCAAACUCCCUGACUACCAUCAAGCGGUUGCUAACUUGCGGCUUGUGGCCACCCAACUCAAGCUGCUGUUGGAUAUCUUGCAAGGUCAAGGCCUCAAGCUCUCGGACGUCCACAUGAUUGGUCAUUCCCUCGGCGCUCACAUGUCUGGUUACGUCGGCCUCCUGAUUGGUUCCACAAUCGGCCGAAUCACAGGAAUGGACCCUGCUGACCCGGAUUUCCAAUGCCUCCCUUCUCUCGUCCGAUUGGACGCGGGAGACGCCAUGUUUGUUGACGUCAUUCACACAAAUGGCGCGGAGUUCAUCAAGGGCGGGGCCGGCAUGCUGCAGCAGUGUGGUCACGUGGACUUCUACGUCAAUGGAGGGGAGACCCAGCCCGGCUGUCAGGACGGAGUGGGCGGGGCUUUGUCCAGUCUCAUGUCCGUGUUUGAAAACUCCCAGCAUUCCUCUAACAAGAUUCUCCUCUCCCAUUCCCUAGGAGGUUCUGUCGGAGACGACGUGAGCUGCAGCCACGCCCGCUCUCAUGACAUUUUCACAGAAUCAGUCACCACAAACUGCACGUUCACAGGAUUCCCUUGUGACACUUACGAGAAGUUUCUGAGCGGCCAAUGUUCUGACUGCGGCACCACGGGCUGUAGUUCUAUGGGUUACUAUGCCAACCAGUUCUACGGCACAGGACGCAUGUUUCUGCGCACUCGGAUAUCGAAGCCUUAUUGCGGCUAUCAGUACGUGGUCAAAGUGACAAUGUCAUCAUCUGGCCGAGACAGCAAAGGAACCCUCUCUGUGGCACUACAGGGAGCUUAUGGCAACACCUCCUUCGCCUUGAUUACGCCGAAAACGUAA